CCUAGAGACUGUCUAAAGGUUAUUGUAUAAUUAAUACAAUUUUUGUUUAUCAUUUGCACGUUGUUUUCAUUGUGUUAUAAGUGUGUAAAAUACUUAUAAAAAGCAAUCAGUCGAUUAAUACUCUUCCAUUGCACCGGUUCAACUCAAACCCCGAACUGAGUUCAAGCCUCGAAGCGGUUCAAUAUAGUGUUGGCUCGUUUGUUUAUAAGUAUUAAAAUAAAUAAUCUGAAAAUGCACGGAGUCACCGUCUUAAGUCUGUUGGUGGUCCUGUGUGCGGUCGUUCACGCGAUCAAUGAAGAUAUUAUGCAACCGACCAAUGUGUUAUUGAGUCCAGAACCUUUGCUAAAGUCACACUGGCGAAGAUCGUUAGGCGCAAUGUCUUUUGGUAUUAACCAGAGCCCGAUCGAGCCGUGGAACGAAGGAAUACAGGCUCACGUGCCCGAUUCCCACGUGGACGCGUACCGGCAUCCUCUGUGGGGAUUUAGGCAGCCAAAUCUUAAAUCGUUCCAGAGCAACUUCAAUGAAAAUCCCGGAGCUUUUGACACCGGGGUGUAUGCCACGGACGCGUCUCAUCGGUUGACACCGGAAAACAACCUGAGCAAACUUCUAGCUGCUCGCAUGGCAUCCAUUCGGGAAACCCAGUAUAAACGUUUGUUAGAGCAGCAACAGCAACAGGACCAGCAACAGCUGACACCACCCCAAAACAAUGUUGCCGUACAAGUGGUGGGCGACGUCAACGUGUUCCACUACUAUCCAAUGCUGACCCGAACUCCAGACACUCUCAAUUCCACCAUCGUUUACAAAUUGAACAUACCCAUGAUCGUAGUCCAUGAACCACAAAUCAAAGUGUCCGAGGAUAAGGCUAAUGGCAGCGUGGGGGAAACCAAAGUCGGCGAGCAUGACACCAAAGUCAGUGAAAACGAGACCACAGCAGUCAUUGGCCAAGAGUCUGAAGUCGGCGAUAAUGUUACUAGAGUCAGCGACGAUGACACAACAGUUACCGAGAACGACACAACAGUUACCGAGAACGACCCGACUGUGAGCGAGAACGAUACAACAGUAAGCGAGAACGAUGUUGAAGUUGUGACAACCGAGCAGUCGAUAGAAAACAUUACUGAGACUGAGUUACCGUUUUUAAGUUCAACCGAAAUUUUUUCGGAUUCUCCACUAAUGGAUUCACCUUUCGAAACGUAUGGCGGCAACUUUAACGCAUUUUGAUCCAAGAACUAUAUUACUCUGAUGUUCAACGUUAAAUUAGGUUUAAGUUAAAAAAAAAAAAAUAUUUGAUUUGUGGAGUAGAACAAUAUGUAAACAAAAUUGUUCAAGUAUUAUUUAAAAUUAUAUAUAUAUAUAAAAUUUAAUAAUAUAUUUUUAUUAUGUAACUAUCAUUUUCAAAAAUUUAAUUAAAACUGUAAUUUUUCUAGUAAAAACUGUUUUUUAACUCUUUUUUUUUUUCUCUCUCAAAAAAUACACAAAUUGUUCUAAAAUGCCAGAUUCCAAAGACCUGUCAAUAAAAACACUUAUCAAGCCUAUUUGGACUUACCCGAAUAUGGUAAAUAGUACGCUGGUGCUAACCAUUCAAACGUGUAUGCAAUUAUAUUUUAUGUAAAUAUUAGUAUGAAGCUUAUGCUAAAAGUGAUGUAAAAAUAACGCCAUUCAAUCGUUGUAAACAGGUUUACUAAAUUAUACUAUUGAACAUUUGUAUUUAUUGUAAUUUGUAAACAACUGGCAAGACCAAGAUUUGUUU